UUUGACAUUCACGGAUGUUUUUAUUGGUGACACCGUAGCAACAGCCGCUUUGGCUACUAGCUAGCUACUGCUAGUUAAUAUUAUUGAAGCAAUCUAAAUUACUCUUAAUUACCUAUAUUUUUUGUUAUAUUUGUUGUCACGGGCUGAUUGAGUCGAACAUUUUCACGAUGGAGCCUGCCUGCCGUAAGGACAAGCCAAAGCUGAACUCUACUCCGACCAGAGGGGAUAGAUCCAAGCAGAGGUCUGCACAGCAAGAGCUCAAACAGCGACAGAGAGCAGAGAUAUACGCUUUGAACAAAGUGAUGACAGAGUUGGAGCAGCAGCAGUUUGAGACCUUUUGUAAACAAAUGCAGUCACAAGGAGAAUGACGAAGAAGAUGCCUCCUGUGCCUCUUGUAUGACACGGACCAGGAUCCAUACACACUUUACAUGCUCACCACAGUUACGGGCAUAAAACCUCUCACCUUUUCCUGGAAAUAGUUGUGGUGCUGCUGUUGAGCCAUGCAGUGGUUGUUUGGGAUGUUUUACAGACUCAUAUUCCCGACUCUUUUCCUGAAUAUGCCAGACUGAGCUGAUGAUCUAAACCAAGAGGCAACUGUGUAAUCAGUAAGACGGUUACUCAAUUAAUUUAAUGUUUAAACUAAGUACACCAGUUAAAGCUGUCCAAGCCAGUGGCACCACCUUUUUGCCUGCACAAAGAGGGAUGUUGAUUCAAUUCAGUGAUUAAAAAACACCUUGAAGUGUAGAAAGCAUAUGGCUGGUAUUGUAUCAGUGUUAUUUACAUUAUAAACAGACAAGAACAAUAGCAGGAGCGUUUCAGCAGAGGCCUUGGUUCUUAUUAAAAGAAAAGAUUGUGGCGUGCACUUAUACAGUGUCCCAUAAAAGGAAAACAUCCCUGACUGGUUCUUUUUGGACCAAAACAGCUAACAACAAACCAAAUGUCUGAACUGGGUAGGGGACAGUUUUUGUUUUGUUUGUUGUUUUUUUUUUUUUUUUUGUUGUUGUUUUGUUUUAUGUUUUGUUUUGUUUUUUUUUGUUUUUUUUUUUUUUAAUGAAAAUGAGCUCAUUAAAGGAUAUUCUUUCCAAGGAAAAAAAAGCAAUCUUUUGGAUUGUUCAUGUUGUGGUGACUUUGUGAGGCACAUUUACUAAAUUCUGACGUCUGACAUUGAAAUAUUUUGGAAAAGAUGAGCAGCUUUGCCCUGAUGGCCAGAAUAAAUCGGUUCAGCUGCCCCACAAAAGUAACCUUAUUCCUUUCAGUCAGAGAUUACUGUUUAUUACACCUGUGUUUUCUGGUUAGAACCCCUGCUUUGUUUUUACCAGAAAUAGUUUACUUACAGCAGGUCAAACCAGAUCUUCAAGAUUAAAUGAAACUCUUUAGUUUGCAUAUAUGUAUUUAAAAAAAAAAAAAAAAACAGGUGGUGAGUUGUCAAAUCAUGUUUACUCUUUAUUGAGCUGAGUAAACCAUUAAGAACAAAUUCUUUUUUUAUUUUUUUUCUUCCAGUACCGUCCUGGGAUUUAGGGUGUUACACGAAUGAAAAUAUCAUCACAAGGUCAAGCUAUUUAUAAUUAUAGGCGCCAAGUUUUUUGUCUUUUUGGUUACAAAUUGCUUAAGCAAUACCUGUUUAGAGCAAAGUGGACCUCUGUUUAUAUUUUUAUAUAUCUAAUACUCCCAAAAUAUAAAACAUAUUUUCUGCAUCUCACUGCAGAUGCUGUAACAGCAAUGUUGUCGGCAUACUCUGAAGUUGGUGUGGUUUUAGCUCAAAUUUUACCCUUGUGAUGCCAAAAAGCGAGAGAAAACACUGCAUGUUAUUACUGUAUUCAUCUAAGAGCUGCACCUGGUACAGGAGCGUUCAGCUGCUUCCUAACAUUCUUCCCAGAGGAUCCUCCAGUGUGAAGUAUGACUUGUUUCCAGAGAGAAAUGUUCUCCGAUCAGCAGCAACAAUGAGCCCAUUUACACACCAUAAAAAUCUGAUAACUGAUAGUAAUCACAUUACUGUAAUAAUCUGAUCUGACACAUCUACAUGCACCUCUGAAAUAAAAUAUUUAAAACACUGUCUACAUUUUCUAGUCCAUCAUCAGAUUUAAUUUGGAGUACGUACGUAAGUGGCGACGUUACUUCCUUUUUUAAAAAAACAUCAGGUCUUUGUUGAAGAUGGUGGCUCCCGUGGUCUUAGCGUUAGCUGCUAAUGUGGGAGCUAAUAAUCUGCAAAAUAAGCUACUUAUGAAUACUUUACUUUGUUUAGACCCACCUUCCUGCUCCUGCAUGUCAUCCUGGUUUUGGGUUCUGCUCAUGUUGCGAUGGCAUCACUUCCGUCUUUUUAAGGAAAGACAUUAAAAAGAUGGAAGCGACACAGUCUCACACACUUGUGCAGAUGUAAAAAAAACAAAAUAAAUCUGAUUAACCGGUCAUAAUGCAUCAAUACAUCAGAGUAUUAGGGAGAAAUCUAUGCUAGUUUGAUUUCUCAGUAAGGUAACUGCCAUUGAACUGGUUUACAUGCACACCGAAAAUCCAACUAUUACCUGAUUUAUGGUUAUCCGAUUAUUCAAGUAUGAAGACUAUAUAUUCUUGUAGACAGCAUAAUCAGAUAUCCUCUAUUACAUAAUGGCAGUUAUCUUAUUAUGAGAAAUCAGAUUAACAGACCCCAAUGUUUCUGUGCAUGUAGGCCCAUAUAUCUGAUUUAUUUCAUGUUUUUAUAUCUGCAAAUGUGCAAAAAACUGUCAUUGUGACAUCUUCCUUUAAAAAGAUGUCACAAUGUGAGCAGAAUGCAAAAUGAAAACAGGAUGUUAUGCAGGAGUGGAAGCUAACGCUAUGACCGUGGGCACUGCCAUGUUCAACAAAGACCGGAACAGGAAGUUACGCCACCCAUGUUGUGUUCACUUACCAAAUAAAUGUUGUGUCCCUCUCACCUGAGAAUUAAGUUGAACUGAAUACGUUGUACGAACUUUACAGACUUCAUUUUUAUUUUCAUUUAACUUGUUUGUGUUGCACAAAAUGAAAAUAAUGAUUGAAAUAAACUUGAUUUUUUUUUACUGAUUUCACCUUU